AAAAAUCAGGUGUAUAUCCAUCCGGAAGCAGAGAGGUGCAGACUAAAUGGAUCUAAAGACGGCAGUCUUCAAUGCAGCUCGUGAUGGCAAGCUGCGGCUCCUUUCCAAGCUACUGGCAAGCAAAACAAGGGAAGAGGUGGCCCAGCUGAUGUCAGAGAAAACCAAUGGUGCCACACCACUUCUGAUGGCAGCCCGYUAUGGUCACCUCGACAUGGUGGAAUACUUGUUGGACCAUUGCUCUGCAUCGAUUGAGGUUGGUGGCUCAGUGAAUUUUGAUGGUGAGACCAUCGAGGGGGCUCCGCCGUUGUGGGCAGCAUCGGCCGCCGGCCACUUGAAGGUUGUUCAGUGUCUGUUGGAUCAUGGUGCGUCUGUCAACAAUACAACCCUGACUAAUUCAACACCGCUUAGAGCUGCCUGUUUUGAUGGUCACCUGGAAAUAGUUAAAUACCUUGUGGAACACAAAGCAGACCUGGAAGUAUCAAACCGUCACGGGCAUACGUGCUUGAUGAUCUCAUGUUACAAAGGCCACAAAGAAAUUGCUCAGUAUUUACUUGAAAAAGGAGCUGAUGUUAACAGAAAAAGUGUUAAAGGAAAUACAGCAUUACAUGACUGUGCAGAAUCUGGAAGUUUGGAGAUCAUGAAGAUGCUUCUCAAGUAUUGUGCUAAAAUGGAAAAGGAUGGUUAUGGAAUGACUCCCCUUCUGUCAGCCAGUGUGACGGGCCACACAAAUAUCGUGGACUUUCUGACCCAGCAUGUACAGACUAGUAAGGCUGAGCGCAUAAAUGCCCUGGAACUUCUGGGAGCAACAUUUGUGGACAAAAAGAGAGAUCUGCUUGGUGCUUUGAAAUACUGGAAGAGAGCUAUGGAAAUGAGAUACAGUGAUAGGACUAAUAUUCUCAGCAAACCUGUGCCACAAACACUGAUCAUGGCGUAUGAUUAUGCUAAAGAGGUAAACAGCUCGGAAGAGCUAGAAAAUCUAAUUGCAGACCCAGAUGAAAUGAGAAUGCAAGCAUUAUUAAUUAGAGAACGUAUUCUUGGCCCGUCUCACCCAGACACAUCCUACUAUAUCAGAUACAGAGGUGCUGUGUAUGCAGACUCUGGAAACUUCAAGCGUUGCAUCAACUUAUGGAAGUAUGCUUUGGACAUGCAGCAGAGCAAUCUUGAUCCACUGAGCCCUAUGACAGCCAGCAGUUUGCUAUCAUUUGCUGAACUUUUCUCAUUCAUGCUUCAGGAUAGGGCAAAAGGCCUGCUAGGCACUACUGUCACAUUUGAUGAUCUAAUGGGUAUACUGUGCAAAAGCGUUCUUGAAAUAGAACGGGCCAUGAAACAAACCCAGUGUCUUCCUGAUCCAGUACAGCUGAACAAAGCCCUUUCCAUCAUUUUGCAUUUAAUUUGCUUGUUGGAGAAAGUACCUUGCAGCUCAGAACAGGAGCAUUUUAAGAAACAAACUAUUUACAAGUUUCUUAAGCUUCAGCCUAGAGGAAAGAAUAACUUCAGUCCACUUCAUCUUGCUGUUGACAAUAAUACUACAUGUGUUGGUCGCUACCCAGUUUGUAAAUUCCCCUCUCUACAAGUUACUGCUAUCCUGGUGGAAUGUGGUGCUGAUGUAAAUGUCAGAGACUCUGAUAACAAUAGUCCAUUGCACAUUGCUGCACUGAACAACCAUCCAGACAUCAUGAAUCUUCUUAUCAAGUCAGGUUCACAUUUUGAUGCUACAAACUCACGUAAACAAACUGCUAGUGACUUGCUGGAUGAGAAGGAAAUAGCCAAAAAUUUAAUCCAGCCCAUAAAUCAUACCACUUUGCAGUGUCUUGCUGCUCGUGUAAUAGUGAAUCAUAACAUACCUUACGCAGGGCAUAUCCCUGAAAAACUAGAGAACUUUGUUUUGCUCCAUAGAUGAUAGUGUGGUGUCUCAGAGUACUGUUUUUGAAGCACGAAUGGUGAUAUUUUCCUUGAGCACUGUUGUGAUACACCAGCGUUCCCUUAGCUUGCUCCAUUUUGCUCUCAUUGGCUUGUGUUGUCAGAUCUGCAGAGUUGAUUACCCAGUAUUUAAUAUGAAUAUGCCAUAUAAUAUAUUUUGUGGAUUAUUUAGAAAUGUAAUGCCAUAUUUAGACUUCUUAAAUUGUCUGCCAAAGGCUUGUCUUUUCUGGUCUUAUUUGCCUGUUGAGUAUUGGGGAUUGAGUUGAUUAUUUUCCACUGAUGUCUUUUUACUAUAACUGUUAUGUGGAUUUUAUACAGUUGGAAGGUCGUCCUUUUUUGGUUUGGCUUGAGCAUUUCUACUCCUGCUCUCUUCUUUUUGUAUGGACUCAUUGCUAAACUGUGCAAGUUGUAUGGACUUGUUAACAUUUGCAACUACCAUAAGUGCUUUUAUCUUCUCUAUGCACUGGCUUAAACAUGACUGUUGUGUGUGAGCAUAUUUCUAUGCAGCACUUGGCCAAUUUCAACUUAAAUGCCAAUCUUGUUUUGCAGUUUGUUUGGAGCUCUCUUGAAAAUGCUUUCUUCAUAGCAUGAAGAAUUUUGGAGUUACUUAUCAGCUCUCCAAACUUGGGUUUGACUUUUUUGACUGCUGUGACUGCUUCCAUUUUGAUCCUCUGGAAAUUUGUCCUAAAUUUGGGAGAAGAAAAUCUUGCUUUUUCUGAUUGUAGUCCACUUGAACUUUAAAUCUGAAAAUUGUUCUGUUGCAUCAUGCAGCUGGGGGAAGAGUCCUCAUUAUGUACAACUGACACCUUCCCUUUUGCACUAACGUCUUGCUUGUACUGGUUAUGUGACUACAUGUGAAGUUUGCUCAAAGUUUAACCUCAAACRUUAAUGAUACACUUGUAAGGAGAAAUAGAUCAAAUAUAUGCUCUGCUUCAAAAUCUGCAAAUCAGCUUUAGCUGCAAAAGAAAACUAAAGCAUGUUGAUGGCAUGGUGUUUAUCAGUCCAGAUCUAGACAUCAUCUAGUAUAGUAAGUGGCUGUCUGCCAGGGUAUUGAAAGUUCUAUAUCCUUUUUUCUUAGUUUUAAGUAUCUUUAUAAAUACUUGCAUGGCUUCUUCAUCUCUGCUGUGUCAGUUGUACUUAACAAAAGCGGAAGUUCUGUUGUGUAUAUAGCUCCUAAUUAAAGUACCUAUUUUUAUAAUAUUUGCACAACAGCAUAGCUUUUAYAACAGAAAGGGCUCUUCUGACUUGAUAAGAAGUCUAUAAAUGGAGAUCAUAAAUGUGAGUGUGAUUCAGGUAAUUAAUAUAAUUCAGCACUUUACUGUUGAUUAAUAGUAGGAUAUAUUAUGGCACAUUAGGCCUACACACGUCUUAAAGUGAAAUGAAUUUCUGUUGGAUAGGAUACAGUUUACUUGCAAAUUUAGUGAUCUAGCAUUUAGGUAUUUUUGACUUARUGUUUCAUCUCAGUGGUGAGCAGUAAGUGUACCUAAGGAGUUMUUGCUCCAGAAAUUCAGCAGUUUGUUUUAUGCCUUUGUCAGAGAUAAAAGAUMUCUAGAAUCCAAAUUAAUUAGGUUAGGAGGGUCUUCUUAGUACUUUAACCUUUAAGUUGAUGUGGGAACAUUUUUGGCUAUUGUGAUUGAGAUUGAGGAUGAACAUUUCUUGGGAUUCAUAAAAAUAGCCCUUCCUGAUUUUUGGUCUGUUUUGGCAUUCCUGCCAGUGUAUAUCAUGGUGCCUACUAGCUUAGCCAUUCUUGCAAAAAAAUAUGGGGAUGUUUUUUUAGCAAAGAUAUGUUGAAAGCAGCUGUUUGUGUGUUGUGACUACCAGACUUGCUAUUUUGAAGUGAUUUUCAUCUGUUUGUCCCUUGCCAUGUCUACGUUUAUAUAAWAUUACAAGAAUCAUAGAAUCAUGUAGGUUGGAAAAGAUCCUUAAGAUCAUUGAGUCCAACCCUUAACCCAGCACUGCCAAGUCCAGCACUAAACCAUGUCCUUAAGUGCCGCCUCUACACAUCAUUCAAAUACCUCCAGUGAUGGUGAUUCAGCUGCUUCUCUGGGCAGCCUGCUGUAAUGUUUAACCUCUCUUUUCCAUAAAAAAGCUUUUCCUAAUAUCCAAUCUAUACCUCCCCUGGUUCAACCUGAGGCCAUUUCUCCUUGUUGUAUCACUUGUUCCUCAGGAGAAGAGGCCAAUCCCCACCUUGCCACAACCUGUUUUCAAGUAGCUGUAGAGAGUGGUAAGUUCUCUGAACCUCCUUUCUCCAGGCUGAACAACCCGAACUCCCUCAGCUGCUCCUCACAGGACUUGUGCUCCAAACCCUUCCCCAGCUCUGUUGCCCUUUUCUGGACAUGCUCCAGCCCCUCGAUGUCUUUCUUGUUGUGAGGAGCCCAUAGUUGAACGCAGGACUUGAGGCACGGCCUCACUGGUGCCCAGUACAGGGAGAAAAUCACUGCCCUGCUGCUGCUGGCCACACUAGUAGUGAUACAGGCCAGGAUGCAGCUUUUUCUUGCAUCAUACAAGACUAAACGCCAGUCAAUUGACUGAACUGCUGUGGUUUGUAAUGCUUAAGAUGCAUGCCACUCAGCUUGUCAUUUGUGACAACAUGUAGUUUGGGUUUGGAAUUUAUGUAUUUUAAUGCUUUUCUGCUACUCUGUAAUUAGAGAUAAGCAGCAACAUACCAUGCUAGAAAUAGAUUAUACAUCAAGUCAUAAAAAUAAUUAUUUUUGUUUUGGUCACAGAGAAAGGGAUUUUUAGAGUUUUUUUAUCUUUGAAUCUGUUCUUCUCUUCAGUUGUUUUAGUUUAAAUUUGUGGCUUUAUAACUGGCAAAUAAUCCUGUUUAAAAUUAGUUGGAUAUUAUAAGUUGGUUGUUCAGCCUGGAGAGGAGAAGGCUCCAGGAAGACCUUAUAGAACCUUCUAGUACUUAAAGGGGGCUACAAAAGAGCUGGAGAGGGAUUUACUUGCAAGGGAUGAAAGGACAAGAGGCAAUGGCUUUAAACUGCAAAGGGAUGGAUUUAGCUUAGAUAUAAGGAAGAAAUUGUUAUAUCUGAGGKGGUGAGGCACUGGCACAAGUUGUCCAGAAGAGUUAGGGAUGCACCUUCCCUGGAGGUGUUCAAGGCCAGGUUGGAUGGGGCUCUGAGCAACCUGGUCCAGUGGAAGGUGUCCUGCCCAUGGCAGAGGAGUAGGAGCUAGAUUAUCUUUAAGGAUCCUUCCAACCCAAAUCACUCUGUGACUAAUGAUCAUUAGUCCAGAAAUAUAAUGUAAAAAUUCUUAAUUAUUAGCAAAUUUUUCUAAUGGAAAGCAUUCCCAGAAGUGAAAGCAUACCACGGAAUCUAUGUAAAUCUAGUGAAUAUGGCUACAAGAAAGGCUUACUGUGUUAGCUGCUCUUYAGAAACAAACCAGUCUAUUAGUACAUGCUGUUUUGCUGCAUGUGUUUCUGUCCAAAUAUCUACUGAUGUGUUUCAGUCCGAAAGACUUACGACCUCCAUGCUGAAUUUAAUUUUUCAUGGUCAUGAGGCUCUCUGCUGAAGAGAAUACUUAUCUUGCCGGAUAACUUGGGCUAAAGUGUCCUGGCGGAUGAGUUCAUGCAUUUAUGGCCACUUUGCAUUUAGACCUGUGUAUUUACACUACUCUGUUUUAUUUACCKAAAUUUUAAUUUUGUAGUAUUAUUAAUUCAUUCUAUUGUCAUUUUUCUUUUCUCUUCCUAUUUGGCCUUUUUUUUUCUGAUGAAACGUACUGCUUAUGAGCUACUGACACAGAAAAAUGCUGAGAACACUGCAGAAAUAAUUGUAUGCCCUGCAGGGGUGAAGCAGGUUUUUGAUUGUCAAACAACUUACAGGUAUGACUCCCUAGAGAUCAGCAAUUGAUACUUCCUCCUUGCUGAGACCUCUUAAGUUACAUUUUUUUGGGGAAAGCGAAAAAUCCGUAAAGCAGCUUUUCUUCUAAUCGUCAACUUCAACUAGGUUACUUCAACAAGGAAGAUGAAAAAUAUUCUCAUUGAAAAAAAUUCUAAAAUUAUAUUCCUAUUUUUGUAUCACUUAGGCUGGUAACAAGUUUCCAGCUGUCUGCAGUGUCUCUGUUGUAUUUGUUAAGUGCAGUGUAAAGACACUUUCUGAAAUGCAAGGCAACAGUGUGGUUAGUUUUCCAUGUAUACUUCACAGCAGUCCUGGAAAGGAAGUAGUUCCAUGUAUUUCCUAAGUCCGCAAAGAGCUGUCUUUUAACAACUGUUUUGCAACUUGUUAAAAUUAAUCUCUUYCUAUUUUUACAAGCACUACUUUAAAGAGAGGAAUACAGUGCUACAGCAAAAUCCUUUAAGGAGGAUUUGUAAGAAGAUAAAAACCUUUUGAGAAAAAGUGUGCCUCUCAGUUUUGUAUCAGCCGCAAGUGGCGGGAUAUGGCUGCUCUUGAAAUAGCUUUCUCGGGCUUUGAAAUAUAGAGUGGAAUGACUGUUAUACUCUAAAACAUUGAAAAGCAUGAAAAAGUAGAUUAAACACUAAUUUUACCUUCUCUGACGACAGUGAAGCCAACAGGUAUUUAACACUUAAAAGUAAUUUUGGUAAAGUCGAAGAGAGACAUACUAGACUGCUCAUAUUUCUUGGCUUUGAGUGUAAAAGUAACUGUUGAGCCCUCAGUGAGGGCCGAGCAAAAAGCUGUUGUUGGUUUGGUUUUAACUAACAUUGUAUUUGUGUUCCAUUCUAUUGCAAAGACUUCCUAUGCAGGGCUAGCUCCAUGUAUGGAAAUGUUGCAGUUUCUUUUUAUGUGAAGUAAUUUAGCUUUAACAGUAAUGUAAAAGAGGAAUAACAAGCAUACUUCUCUGCUCUUACUCUCUUUUGGCUCCAAAUGCAGAUUACAUUAAAAAUAUGUUUUGGAGAACAUCUGUCCGAGUGURUAUAUCUGUUUUCUCUAGGAUACUGCAGUACUGGUUGGUAAUGUAAAUGUUGCAGUUUUGACCCUCAUGUCACUAAGCAUUGUACCUUAAGCAAAAGGUCAUGUUUCAUGCUAUUCCUUUCUGUGAAUGGUGGUCUUGUAAAGCCUUUAAAUUUUGGUGGUGGCUAAUAGUAAAGUAAAGGCUUAAACUGAAUGAUACAUGAGACCUURUUUUCCCACUUUCUAGAAAAUGCAGUUAGUCAUACUCUUAACUGGGUGGAAACAUAGUACUUUCAGUUUGUGACCUAGAAGUAGAUGGCAGUGCCUUGUGAGAACUAAGCAGUAGACAGUUUUCAAGAAAAGUUGGACAAAUUAAUUUUCUUCUUCASGCUUUUAAAGGAUCUUCUGUAUUGCAUGAACAAUUUGAAAAACRGAGGAAUAGAAUAUUUCAAGGGUGAGAGAAGCAUAAGAUUCUUAUUAGAGACAGGACAGCUAGAGAACUGAAGACUUCGAAGAGCGUUGCCACUGUAAUACCUGGAAUACACUGGAAUACCAUCAUAGUUAGACACAGUAGUCACAAUCCUCUUCUAUAAGGAAACGUACAUUUCAGAGAGCUGGAACUUUAGAUUAGGCCUGAUCAGUAACAGCAGCAUCAAAAGAGRUAGUGUUCUGGAUGAGAAAAACUGCUCCAGAGCUUUCACAGUAAGAUAAUUGUCACACAGAUGGCUUUAGUGAAUGGAAUGUAGAUUCUCUUAAUUAGGAAAGGGAAAAACUGAAAAGGAUCAUUUACACCAUUAUUCAUCCCUCUGCAGUUGCAGAUGAUGGAGGAUAUCUGCUGUUACCUAAGCUAUGUAACCAUGCAAAAGUGCUUCUUGGCAGUAGCAAAUACCAGCUGGCGGUUGAAGACCAAAACGCAGUGUACAUUGUAGCACCGGAUUAGGGCAAAAGAAACCAAGUGUCUGGUGUGUUACUUUAGAAAGGCAGUACUUCUGUUUGUUUCUUCCAUAAUAUCCAGAGGGCCAAAUCCACAGCAGAAGGCCCUUCUCCCUCACACGAAAGUCUUAUCUUGCAACUGAUCUCCAACAUUCAGAAAAAUUGAGAGGAGGCUAUACUCAGCACUUAUGGACAAGUGUUGAAUUAUGCACACAGCGAAAAAUUACUUUCUGCUUCAUAUAAGUGCCUGUAAGAAGCCAGUGAGUGAGACCAUGUAAAUUAUGAAAAUUAUGUCCACAUCUCCCRUCAGAUCAUAAGAUGAUCAUAAGACAUGAUUUGGGUUUCUCUGUGAACUUCAAAGGGCUGCUUCUAUCAUAUCUCCUGGAGAUUUAUCAAGUCAUAAAUUCCUUACGAAAAUUUCUCCACAGAAUGUUACUUGGAAGGCCCAUAUCUCAAUAAUUAGGAACCUAAUUCCCUUUUAAAAUGCGUGUUUUCAUGGCUUUGUCUGUGUGAUCUUCUCAUAGUUUCAGCACUUGUGUGUCCAGAGAGAGUUGUCCUCUCUCAGCCUUCAUGUGGUUAGACUAAACAACCAACCAAAAGAACCCCCAAGCUGUAAGAAUGAGCAAAACCCAGAAUAAUCCAGAGUCAAAUAAGCUGCCAGAAUGGCUCGAUUUUCUGUCUUCCCCUCUUUUGAUUGUAUGCUACCAAAAAAAACCACAGGAUUCACUGAUUUGCCAAAUACUUUUUGCUGCUGAACCUGCAAUUUAAAUUGCCAAUUCUUUCCUUUUUAUUAUGRGAGUGAUUUUUUGCAGUAAACAGUUGAUUGUUUUCUCUUCAGAUUCUGUAGCUUGUAUUGUCCUAUUCUAAUAUUCUAGGUGCCUGGAUGUCGUUCCAUUCACACAUAGYAUUAUCCUAACUGGAAUGUGAAGCAAAAAGUUCAGUGAAUGAGCCAGAUUUGGAUUAUUUUGGUUUCCAUCCCAUAGUUUCACAUUAAUAAGUUGCUUUUUCCUCCUUUUCAUUCUUUUUGCAUGUGUGGCUAUUUGGCUGGCGCUGUACUUUUAAUUSGCUACCCUUUAAGAUGGGGUCCUCCUAAGAUGAUUGUGCUCUUUGUGGUUUUCUGGCUAAGAGAAACACAUCCCUGCUUUAUCAUCCAUUGUUUUCCCAUAGUGCAUGAAGUGGAAACUUCAGGGAGUUAAGAACCAAAAGAAACAAGCAAAACAUCCUGAAAACAAAACCUUGACAACAAAAAGCCCAAACCUUGACAACAAAAAGCCCAAACAACCAAAUAAACAAUUGCCAACAAAACCCUCCAAAUGAGAAAACAGGACAUACUGUAAAACAACAAAAUAUGCUGUGUGAGGCAGGUGCCCCAUGAAUUGCUGCAUGAGGAGCGUGGAUGCUGGUCCCACCUUGCCGUAACCUUAGGGCCAGACAGUGCUUAGUUCUAUGAGAAGGCUGGUCCGUGAAGAGUGCACCCACCCCAGCACUGCUGUUCAGAUCAGGGAUGUAUUUUGCAAGUCUSCCCAUUGUCCAUCCUUUGCUUGUUUGGGUUCAUGUCACUGAAUUUUCUUAGUGCACAAUUUGGGUUACUUUUGAAUGCACCUGAACUUGAAGAAGUGCUCCAAAACCUCACCUAACAGGCUUUAACCACAAAUGGGUGUCCCGUUCCACUUCAGUUGUUCUGAAAUAACCCCUUCUCGCAUUYCUCCUCCCACACAAUGUCACAGACUUUUGAUCAUUGGUAUCAACUCCUCCAUGCUACAGAUCUCCUUUCUAAUACAAGUGUAACUGUAGUUUUCAGUUUCUCUUCUGAUGUUAAACUUGAGUUGACACAUACAUUGGCUUAUUUUGCCUCUUGCUUAUAGGUGGUUACUGCCUGUCCAGCGUAACAUCCCAUAACCUGUGUUCUGCUUUGAGUUGGGUUAUAAAAAUGAGAUAAUGUAGUAGAUUGCUAUGGGGGAUCUACCACAUCAUUAACGGCUGGAAAAUGAGUCAGUCGUGUCGCAUGUAUUGCUGAUACUUCCUCCUGACAGCAUGACUGACCUUAGUACAAAGUCCUGUUGAUGUGGAGUAAAGAACUAUUUGCUCCAUUAUACAAAACAGAAACUAAGACACUGACUCAGUGACCUCUUAAAAUGACCACAGGAGAUAUGGGUUGUAGCAAGGACAGGGUUCAGAUCAUCUGGCUCCAAGGACUUUAAUUUUGAGCUGCUCCGGGUAUGGUUUGAUACUGGUGAUUUCAUGAUGAAGACUCUGCAAUAAAACAAAACAAAACCACCAAGAAUUUCAUAGGGAAAUCAGGCUAAUGUUAUCACACAGUUUUAAUGUACAUAUCUCUCCUUCCUCUCCCUCAGUCAUUUUUGAGCAUGUUAGGCCAGUUUAAUAAACUCAACAGAAACAGAGCAGCCUGUGUGUCUCUGUAACUUACUUGAGAGCACCAGAGUGAGCAGAUGGCAGAGUCUGUACUAACAGUUCCCACUGAUGAAGAGAAUUUGGCAGGAGCUUGACUUUACUAGGCAUGAGAGAAGCCACACAGGAAUUAGAAUACUUAGGACCAUGAAAAAGUCUCUGAUCACAGCCCAGGCUUUACUAGAGAGCAGCAGAUCUAGUCACUGUACRGGAUUUGCCAUACUUUCAUUGCAUCAUAUACAGUCCCUGCACGUCUUCAUAAAGGUUUAUCCUGGUUUGAAGUGUGAUCUCUCUCACUAGGCACUCAAUGUCCUGAGUUUGCUGUAAUGGCACAGAUUGUAAAUGAAAAUUGGCCAAGCUGCAAAAACAUGAGAAACUUUAGGACCUUCUAUGGCUGUGUACUGACUAUUUUACUAUACAUGCCAAAAUGGUCUUCAGUGAAUUCUGUUGAAUAGUUAUUACUGCCUGCUAAGAAAAGGAGGCUGAGGGAAACCAUAACUCCCAGUUCAUCUAUAAGAGUUCUGACYUUGUUUACAUCAUGAUUUCUGUUGACCUUGGUACAAGUAAUGAGCAAAACCAGACUCCAUGAUCACCCUUUUUCAAAAUCCUUAAUUUCAGUUCUCAAAUAUGGAAACUGUUGUAUUAAAAAUCAUGACAUAAAAUCUGUAAGAGACAACGUAUAUGGUGAAGAACAGUUCUGUGGAAAAGGGAUUUGGCACUUUUCUGCCAAGCCUCCAGUGAGAAUUUAACUGAGAUCCCUGCUUCUGAUCAUGCCUUGUCUUAAUUUCCCAGCUCAUGAAUUCUUUGUGCAGCAGUGUUUCUCCAGCUGUGGUGCCUUGUUUUCAUGCCCCUCUGAGAACAUGGUGACUGGCCCCAGCUGCCCUUGYCUUGUGCUGUCACUGAGAGCAGCUGCUGAACCAGUCAGCCCCACUCUGACAGUGAUACCUGGGAAAGUCCAGUGCUGGUGAUACAUAGUGGCAGCUAUUUAAAAUAAAAACCAAAACUAAAUGCUCAGAUUUCCAUGCGUCCUCUCUGACCCUUUCUAGAUGUGUCAUCAUUGCUUCUCAUUGUGUUCUCUGCUCUUUUCUUCCUUUUACUGUUCCCAGUUCCUCCUUGGAGCUUGUUAUUUUGUACUGUUCCUCUGCUGCCAUUGUGGCUGAGUCAAGCCUGCAUUGAAAUGGGAAGAUUUGGCACUUGCUAUGCCUUAUGCAGCUUGUGCUGUUCAUAAGCUGUGCCAUUUCGGAAGUGGAAAGGCUGAAAGAAAUGCAGGAUUCAGCUUGCUUGUCCUUCCUUCAUCUGUCUGGUUCAUAAGCAAGGAGAGGGUGUUUAUCCUCAUGUCAUGGUUUAACUCCAGCCAGCAGCCAAGCCCCAGGCAGCUGCUCACUCACUCCCCCACCAGUGGGAUCAUGGAGAGAAUGGGAAGCUAAAAGCYAGAAAAGUCAUGGAUUGAGGUAUAGACAGCUUUAUAGGGAAAGCAAAAGCCACACAUGUAAGCAAAACAAAACAAGGAAUUAAUUCACUGCUUCACAGGGCAGGCAGGAGUUCAGCCAUCUCCAGGAGAGCAGGGCCCCAUCACAUGCAAUGGUGAUUUGAGACAACAAACACCAUCACUCCUGUUUUUCCUCCCCCACCAGCUUCCUCCUUCUUUACCCCAGCUUUAUGUCCUGAGCAUGAUAUCACAUGGAACAUACCUUUGGCCAGCUGAUGUCACCUGUCCCACCUGUGUCUCCUCCCAACCUCCUGUGCACCCCSAAUUUCCUCACCAGUGCGGAAGUACAAAAAGCAGAAGAGGCCUUGGCUCUGUGUGAGCCCUGCUCAGCAAUAACAAAAACAUCUSUGUACUGUCAACCCUGUGUUCAGCUCAAAUCCAGCCCCAUACUCAUCACUCAAGAAAAAUCUACCCCAGCUGAAACCAGUGCACCUCCUCAUUAAUAUGAAAUACAGGCUUUGUAAAUCACCCUACACAGUUGUUUUGUUUCACCUGAGGUUGCAGAUAUACUCUGCAUGUAUUACUGUUAAAGAUUCCAUAAGCAGAUCUCAUCCUAGAAUCAGUAACACCGGAUUUCCUCCCAUGCGGAAGGUACUUGAGAAGCUUUGUGCCUGUUAAAAUACCUGUUCUGUUUUCUAACAUGCAAAGAAAGAGCUUUUUGCUCUUUCUGCCUUAAAAAAAGUGGCAUUCUCCCAGUGUCUUUUCGGGUCCCACUGUUUUGUCCAUUGGAUCCCUGCUUUAUGACUCUUGGCCUUCUGUGCUGUAGGAAUAUGUAGUAGUAUUAGGAAUGUGACAAUUCAUGUGUUUCUUCUGAAGAUGUUUAUUGACUCUCCAGAAAUGGAAAGUGCAUUAGAAUUGACUCUUACAGUAUGUUUGGUCUGGUUCUGUCUUACCAUUAACAAGGCAAGAGUCUACCUUAGAGUACCCCUGUUCACACCCAGGCAACUGAUAAUUUAGAUAAAAUUGUACCUUCCUGUACUUAGAGCAAAUAAUGCUAAAUGCAAAGACCUGGCUGAAGGCUUCUUGGAAUAGUAGGCAAAGAAAAAUCUAAUCUUGCACUGACAGAGGAUUGUGUUUUGCAGCAGAAGAGGAAGAAAGGCCAGAAGGGGUCUUACAUAAGGCAGAGGAUGUAGUAGCUAGCUGGACUUUACCAGGCUAUAUGUAAAUUAAUGGUACCACAGAGAGUGUCUGUCACCCCUGCAUUCACCAUCUCCUCAGCAGUUUUUCUGUCUUGCAUGAUGGGCAAAGGUUUGAGGUCAUUCCUUUUGCAGYGAGUGUGAGCGAUGAGGCUGAAGAAAGCACAUCCUGCUCUUGCAGGAUACAAGAGGUGGUGGUGAUGCAACAGGGAUAGCAAUGGCUGCUGCUAGAAGUCCCUUUCACUGAAAAGUUCACUGARCACAGCAGCUGUCCCUCAGUCCUCCAGAACAGGAAGAAGUGAAUGAGCUGAUCUUGGCAGCCCCCUUCUGUGAAUUUUGCUGUGAUCUGGAGCUGGAUGACUUUACACACUGCUCUAAAAGCAGUAUGAAGACAACCUGGUGCUGUAUUGCUCUUUCCUAAUAAAUCCUCAAGCCCUGCUUCAUUCAGUCUUUGGCUGUGUGACAUUGAUCUUACACCAGAAGAAAACAGCCAAGAAGAAAAGUGAAAUAAGGACAUGCAGCUGCUGCAAAGCYAAGCUGAUUUAGCGGGCAAUAGUAAAUUUUAUUUGAGGGGUGAGAAGAUGCUGGAGCACGCAGUAAGAAAAUGAAGUACUGCUACUGCGAGGCACUAGACACCAAGCACUUACAGAGAGAACAGGGUCUGUGCUCACAUAUUGUGAACUGCCAGGCUUGAAAAGAAAUCUGAAAUAUCACCUCAGUAAUUUUAGCAGRGUUUUGUCCCAGAAAAGGAAACAUUAGUAGAAAUGUAGCUUUAUGUCUUUUCUAAGCAGUUAAGAUUUUGUGCGUAGUCAUAGAACUGUUCUCUGACAUGAUGCUAAAGAUUCCUUAAAUAUCCACUGUGAUUGAUGCAAAGUGACUGCAAUGUCUUCUGUAAAGAACUUCUCAACAGCAAGCACUCUACCUUCUAGGCGAAGUUGUCUACAUAGUCAACUGUUCAGCAAUCUGCUCAGCUGAAAAAAUGCUUUUGAAAWGAGGAAAUACUCCAUGAAACACAGAAAAUAAAUGUUUUAAGCAUUAUGUAAAAGCAUGAAACCUAAAAAAGCACCUCGGUUCUAAAUAAGUUCCUGUUCAAAAGAGAAAUUUCAGAAGGUAGAUACRUAUGUACAUAUUUUCUUUUAUUUGGGAAAUCUUUCUAUUCACAACUAAAACAUUUUUUCUGUGAAAAUUGGAUAAAGAACUCUAAAAGAAAWAGGUUAAGUAAUAUUGUUUAGGUCUUUUGUUACGCAUUCUCUGAAAGACAGCUGAUGAUGCUUCUUCCAAGCAGAGCUUACUUUUAUUCAAAUCAGUGAAAUAAUUUGCUUUCAUACAGAAGUGGGAUUUUUAAUUAAUAAAGGUAUCAGAAAGACAAAUCAAAAAACUUCAGAGAAUUUUUAGUCCCUAUUUCUACCCUGAGUAUUUGAACCAUACACGCUGCUGAAAGGUGCUUUGAAGAUCCUGGGCUUUGCACCUAGGCUUGAGCAGRUGUGUGUGAUGAACAAGAGUGUGAAAGAGGGUCAGACAUUCCAUCCCUGUCAACCAGGCAAGGCCCAGCAAGCAUGCCUACAUCAACACAUGUGUUUAUAGCUCAUGGCAUAAGUAUGCAUAUGCACGUGUAGCASAACASUGAGCUCACAGACAUGCACRUAGUUAAAGACAGAGAGCUGUGAUCCUUUAGUCAUUAACUGUGCUCUAAUGUGSCUCUUCAUUCRCCUUAAGUAGCAUAGACAAAGGGGAGUGACUCAAUCUCGAGGCCAGUUCAGAGGUACUGGAUAGUGAGACUAAGGCAUUAAGAAAACCAGAACUGUUGACAAACAUUGGUUUAUGGCUUGUGUGCCUUUAUGUGACACUGGCCUUGGGAAAAACAUGCGCUUGGACAAAGAYGUGCUGAGCAGGACACUAAUUUUUAUAGAUAUUACCAUAUUUUCUGUACUUAAUGGCAUAUGAUGCAAUGUAUAUAUGGAUAAGGAGACACGAUUUUUUUCUGGUUUGACAUGGUUAUGAAAAUGUGACAACCAAGUGUAGAAGAGAAGAAAAAUCCAAAACUGCCUUUGUUUCCUUUUGUUCUGUGAGCAUUUUACAAUUGUAAGCCUCCACAUACACUUCUGCCCUGUUGCCCCUACAGGUACUCUGGUAGGUAUUCACAGAACAUUUCACCUGAGGCUGCUCACUGAAUGGAAAGAAGAAGAAGAGUGUUUUCCAAUAGUGAUUAAACUAAGAUAUUUUUAAGAGUAACACCUACAGACUCAAGUUCUGUAGGAUUUAUUUUCUUACAAUCUUCUGUCAGUUGUUUUUUUUUCUUUCUCUAAAAGAGAGCUGCAACAAAACAACUAUGUUUUAACUCGAAAUAGUCAUACUAUCUGCAAAGUGGAAAUGUUGCUUGCUUGCUUGAGUAUCUCACUUGCAAAACGAUUUAACUAGGAACUCAUCUGAUUCUACACGGGAAUGAAGAUCGGCAAUAUGGUUGUGUUGCCUGCGGUGUCUGACAGAGGUCAAAGCUCAGUAAUUCAUCAUGCCCAGUGAGAUGCUACAAUAGAAGAGCAUUGUUCAGUUGGCAUUUAUCUUAGUAUGUAACUGAUAUUGCCAAAACAUGUCCCUAGAUGUGGUUUGUGCUGCAGAACAUGUGCUGGGAAGAGACACCUCUGCAGCAGUGCAAAUUGCAAGUGUGAAUUAUCAACAGAGGAAAGAACAGAAGCAGGAGGUUGCAGAGCUAACAGCUUUCCUCUUUGUUCCCUCCCUAACUCCUGACCUGUGUUUUUUAAAAUCAAAUGAGGAAUAUUAUUGUUUGUGGCUGUUAUGCUAGCAUUCAGGAGUGAACUGAUGGUAGACUUCUCAUGUUUACAGACGGCCUGAAGCUUUGGCAUUUGGAAGUAAGUUGUUUUCCAGCCUUCUUGCCAGGAUGACGAUGGUGAAAGCUCUCAAUGGCACAUAGCAUUAUUAGCUAUGCAAAUAGCAGCUAAAGCUCCUAGGAAAGACAAAGAAAUGUCAACAUUAUUGAUAGUAUUGCAUUGGCUCCCAAGACUUAGUGAAGUUUAGGAGGUAACCAUCACACUCCUUGUUUUUCCUGAUUCCUGCUGCCUCCCUCCUGGUGCUUUGGGCAUGCCCACACCAUGCAGUUGCCACAGCAAUCUGCACUUGGCUCACAUGCAAUCCCUCUACMGUGUUCCUUCAGAUUUCCUUCGGCUUGCACUGUUAAAGAUGAGCUGUGAGGGUAACAUCUCCCUUGGAAUUCUCCAGCUCCCUGGGAAUGGUAGCUUGGCUGCUUCCUUCUUCUCUUCUGGUACAGAAGUCACUGUUUUGCUGGUGGCAAUGUGUUUAUCCRCUAAAAUAGCCAUUUUGCUGCCCUUUGAGGUUGAGAGUCUUCUUUGGGAGGAAGUCUAAGUUGUGUUAAGGGCUUGCCAAUACAGGAAGUUUGUGCUGUCAAAACACUCAUGCAUACAGAGCUCUACAAGGCAGGCUGCUGAGACUCUCCCUGUUUGUCAAGAAUUCAAGGUAUUAAUGUUGUAAAGCACUGUGGAAUCAAAUUUGAUAGCUUUUCCCAACUAGAAUACGGACAGCAUUCAAAACUCUAACGAUGUAGCCUAACUGCUGAAGGGCAGAGGGGGAAAGAGACGCAGUGCCUUAGCAGAAGGGUAUCCUUCUGCCUUUUAUCAGUGGGAUUCCAUCAUAAAUCAGGUGGGGAACUUUAUGCUAGCUGUCUGGCUCAGGUCUCCUGGAAAGUUAAAAAUUUCCCAAGUCAAAAUGAGUAGGAAGCAGCUGGAUUGGCUUAUUUUCUAUAUUGCACUAUAUUGCACAUUGUGUAUGAGGUGUAUAAUGGAGAUAGUAAUAGCAUCACCAUGGACAUGAAAAAUGGGAGAAAUGUUUCUAACAGGAGCCUUCCUCUUCUCAGCCCCAAACCCUGUUCUUGUAAAGUGCUCAAGGGUGAGGCCAUGUGAUUUCUUUGCUCAUUUCUUGUUCCUGGGAAGAUUUAACAGCUACUGAAUUACUGGUGUUUUCACAUCUUAUCAAGCUACAAUAUGCUGAAAUGGGAUUAAAUUGUCCAUACGGAGAUAAGAGUUCACUGUGUACGCAGCUGUGCAAAAUGAAAUUUUGCCAGGCAUGUUAAGCCAUUUAAUAUUACAAAAUAAUUUCAUGGGCUACAGGGAACUUCUGAUUAAGCUAACUACAGUUGUGUUCUCAAACAUGUAUUUGAUGUYUCAAAACCUUUCAAAAAGGUAUUUCCAAUGCACUUUGGCAAAUAYCCGGGCUUGAUGUUCUCAUGCUUUUCAGCCAACUUUCAUUCUUGUUAUGCUGUUGAGAGCUCACAAAUCAGAGUGGGUUUGGAACAUUUUAGAUAUUUUAGAGUAUCACAGCCCAUCAAACCAGRCUGAUAUGUAAGUAUGUGCUCCUGCUCAUCUUCUUCCUGUGAGGAGCUUGACUGCUGUCAAGGAGACUGGAAAUGUGCUUCAUGUCUGACUCUCAGCCAAAUGCUAAGCACACAUAAGACACUGCAUUUUUUCUAGCUGUUAGUGUCRUUAAUUAGUCUUUCAYAGGAUACCACUCACKAGAUCAGGUUGUCCAGGCCACAUCAUCUGUUUGGAUUUGUGCUUUUCUCCCCCUGAUAUUAAUUUUAUAAAUCUGCAAACUGCAGGUUUCCUUCCUCCACAUUUUUUGGUUAUCCAUAGUGGUCUCAUUUCUCUUGUGUUUUUUCAUUGCUGACCAUUCUUCAGCCACCAGAUGUAUUCCAAGUACCCUUGCCCUCACCUCUCAGAUUCUUCCUGCAUCUUCUAGUUCCUGUCUCUGAACAUCUUCUUCUGUGUAAUUUUUCUAUGUGGAUAGACAAGGGUGUAUACAAUUAUGCAGAAAAGCAAAGUUUACAGAAACAUAUGACAAAGUCAAAUAAUUAAAAAUUCAGUAAGGACUGGCUUCAGUUUCAUUCUCCAUUCCCACAUGCAUGUGGCUGAUCAAGCUGCUGAUAAUUACAUGAUCAAGUUAUUUUAUUCUCCAAACCUUUCCUUGUUCACCCAGGAUGUGAUUCUGGGUGUGAGUCUUUAAGGUCUGUGCAUUGAAGGAAGCUGUUUGCCAUUGCAGGAGGUGAGAUGUUUGUAGUAAAUGGGCCCAACAAUUGCAGGAAAAGCAAAAGGAUAACCUUGUGUUUAAGGGGACUGACCCCUGCCCUGGCCAUUUGGAUGACUCUGGUCCAGGAUUUUGGUGAUGCAAAGCAAGUGACUUCCACUUAAAAUUUCAAAGGCAUUUACAGUGGGGAUUUCACACUUUCCAAGUGCUUAUCUGCUUGAUAUCUGAGGCUGGAAACUCACUAUCUUCACAGAUAUAACUGAAGUAAGUAGAAAAGAUUUACUUUAAAUGUAUAAAGAAAUAUGUUUUCUAUAUUCCAUUAAGAAUUUUCUGUAUUCUUAAAAAAAUGGCUCCUUGAUGUUUCAAAUAAGAAAUCAAAAGCUUGAAAGAAAAUGUGGCACAGCCAGUGUAAGGCAAUAUUAGGAAUUUUUCUCAGCUCUAAAAUUAAAAGAAGGCCACAAUCAGAUAUGAUAGGCGUGCUACGAGGUCUCUAUUCAUUUUUGUUUUGUUGGGCUUGGGGUCUUUUAUGUUUUGUGGGUGACAGGCUGAGGCAAGAACAAGAUGUGAAUAUGGAUACCAAUGACUCUUAAGUUCACAUUCUUCUAGUGUCAUUCACUCUUGUUAAAGAUACUCUAAGUCUUAUUACAUAAAUCUGUUACUCAAUUAGUAUUUACUGACACUUUAGCUAAUUUUGGAGUUGAGUGUAAGGAGAGAUAUACCUGGGCCUUUCUUGUACUCCAGAGUCUGCACUCUCUGCCAUGCACUUCCAAUCUCCACAUAUAAACCUUGAGUGCAUCACAUAACCUCUAGCCAUGGAAUAUGAAGUAUGACCUUUUCAGGGCACAGCUCUUCCUCUAAAUGAGCAGAAUUUCAGUGCUUAGCCCCUAUUGUGGAUGUGUGGGGUAAUCUGACAAUGCAGGGCAACUUGUGUUUCUACUGGUGGCAAACACUCUCCCUCAGAUACUGCCAUGUGCAAACAUACUACUUGUUCAUGUGCAACUGAAUGGUGUAUUUUGAUAGUAAGUAUGUGAUACGCCAGGGAUGGACAAAUAAGAAAUAAAUGUAUCAGCUGCCAUGUGUCUGGGAAAGGUCGUGCUUUAUGGACACUUGCUUCUGCAGUCAGUCUGACGACUUGUACGUUCAAGUGUGAUUUAACCAGUGCUGGUGUGAGAUGAGUCAGAGAAGAUCGCACACAUGUUGCACGACUUCCUUAUAAAAAAGUGCUAACCAGCUGGAGUACGACAUCAAGCCUGUCAUUUCAGGACAGAAAUUUCAAGCAUGCAAGGAACAGGUGUUCCCCACAAAAUGCUGGACCCUUCAGGAAAGGCUGCUCUUUAAAUAUACAAGUGAAUGCRUUUGUUUUGGUAGCAGGUCACUAAGCAACCUGCACUGCACCAAGAAAAUACAAUCUCAGCAGUGCUUCUCAGUACAGUCAGUAUCUUUGCAUUGAAUCAUCAUCCCGUGAAUUAGCACUGACAGUAGCUGCAGGGCCUUGUCCACAGCAAAAUCUGUGGGCAAAAUCUGGGGCAGAUUCCCAGCUACACCAGUGAUUUCAAGUACUAAUUAAAAAGUAGGUAUGCAGGUUUAGAGUAAAGUGGUGUUUAAAUCUUAUGCAGUAUUGUCAGUUUUUCUAGGUAGCAUAGAAGUGAAUUAAUAGUUAUGAAAGUCUAUAAUCAAAUGUUGUGGUUUGGGCAUAGAAAUUGCCCUUACCUGUCUCUACUGUCAAAGAGCAAAAAUGGUUGCAAAAAUUUAGGGCAACUAAAUUGGCUGAAGGAAUGUUGGAGAGGCAAAAAUGGGCAAGAUCUUUUAGACAGAUCUUUUUAGAGUGUGUACACUUGGGUGUAUGUGAAAUACAAUGGUGCAUACCUCUGUGACUGAAACCCAAACAAACUACGUGGCCUCACCCAGUUGUUCCUCAGUAAACUCAUCCUCAUCACCUGUCAUACCUAACCAUGGCACUCAGUCAUAUGAAAUAUAGUUUAGUGAAGCAAACAAAUGGGUUGUCAUUAAGGAUAUACUUUUUUUUCCAGUUUCUUGUAGAGCUUUAUGUGACAUGUCCCSUAAAAUAAAUAUCUCCAUUGUGUCUAUGCUGGACAUUAGAGAGGUCUGUCUGCASAUUGGGACAGGACAUAGAGGCUGUMGUUACAGCUUGCCUAUCUUACAAACACCUUUAUGAUCAGUGAAACUUGCAGCUGGCUAAUCUACUGCACAGCUCAGUGCCAGACUGCAGGAGGAGACACAGGAACCCUUUGCUUUCCAUAGACAAGUUGCCUUCUUGGGAAACCAGAGGCUGUAGGGUGCUCUAGCAUGCUGUAGACUGCUGUAAUGCAGUCUAGGCCAUGCCCUUACUUUUGUUGAUAGAAAACUUGUUAAUUCUUCUAGAAAGCAAAGUAGUAAGAAGUGUGAGUGCUGCAUAAUACAAAUUUCUAGCUCUACUUUGCUGCUGGGAAUGAGCUAUCUCGGGGUCUGAUCUGAAUCAAGGAUAUAUGAGAAAAGGAGGGAGGGAGGAACCAUAACAUCGAAAAUUAUCCUAGKAAACCAGGUGACAAAGCAUUACACAGCCACUAAAUAGCACUUACACCAUAAAACAAACUCUCAUGAGUGGGAAGUCUGUGUGUUGGGACUGUUGGUAUGCCCAGUCAUGGCCUCGUGGUUUUCUUUUGUAACAGGAGGAGUGGCCUAUGUGUAAUCCUUCAUGCUGAAUUUACUAUUUCACUUCCUCUAUGUCACCACCUCAGUGUUGCCAUAGCAUCUUAGCGUGUCUGCAUUUUCUAAAAUGUAAGUUGCUGGAGCAUGAAGACAUCUAAAUGCGGAAGAUUUACUUGAUGUUCCCUGCUCCCUGUGAACAAUGGCAGGACACGAGCCCCAGUGAAGUGUGUGACUGAUGUGAAAUGAGGGUGAUGCUAAUCUUGUCCAAAAGCUUGUGAGGAAGCAUUGCCUUUUUCAUUUACAAAGAAUGCUGGUUUCAAAGGUUAGAAUCAGAUAUUAACUGGAAAUGACACAGCAGUUUGAUAAGAGAACUCCAGAAGGAUGAAUUUAUUAGAUAGACUGCUGUUUAUCUUGCAUUUACUUCAUUUCAGUAUUAUUUAAGACCAACUCUUAAAAUGUAUUUACUGCUCACCUUAUCUUCUAGCAUCACAGUCACAGCUUGWUGAGAAGGACUAACAUUUGUGGGAUGAUACAAGGGAUCAAAGAUUAUUAUAAAUGUCUUCUGACAGUGCAGCUGCUUGAUUAUGUCACCUGCCUCUCCCUCCUAYCAUCAUUAUAUUUAUAUCAGCUCUUUAGUUUAUGGGUCUAUACAUUUUUUAAUACCAAAUAUCUUAAUGCUGCCAACAGCCCACUUGACUCUAAUCUYUGUGGGUUGUGCCUCAGUUCAUUUGUCUGGUCAUGACUAAAUUGAUACUCAUCCUCAGAAGGAAAACAAAACAACUAACUCCAACAAAUAUAGAACACGGAGAGGUUUUUUUCUUUGCCCCCUUCUCUUUUCCCUAUCUCUCUCCCCUUUUAAAAUUCCCUUAAUUGUAAAAGCAUUUGGGAGCAAGAGUAGGGGAAAAAGACUCUUGUAUUGCUCUGGGCAGGCACACACUGCUUACAGCAUCACAUGGAAAGGGAAUUUAUCUCCCAGGCUGCCUGCCACUACAGACWGCUGGCCAAGCAGCAGCAGCGACUGAAGUGACUUGAUGGAAGAUCUGGAUGUCUCCUGCCUGCCUCCUGCUCGGCAGACAGGUCUGGUGGACCAGACUGCUCAGCUGGGUCUGUUUUGAGGGAGGUUGUUUAUUUGUGGAAAUCUCAAUGAGAGGAACUGCUGGUGUGCUCCUCUGGCAAGUGACCUGCAGUGGGAGAUUCCAAGUGGGGGAAAGAUCACCACAUGUGAGUCCCCUCUGGCGCCUGCUGAAGUGGCUGGAGAGGUGUCAGGGCUCCUCCACUACGCAGUAAUGAAGAGGGAUGAAAUGGCACCUCCGUAGCCCCAGCAGCAGCAGCAGCAGGUCAGCUGGGAGGAUUUGGCUGAGCAAUGUGCRUAUGGAUACCGGCAGCACCUGUGCAGUUCACAGUCUCUCUCCUCCAGAAGCAAAGGUGGUCCCACCUGGCCUCCUGGACACUUCUCUGCAAUCUGAGAACUGCUGGAUUAAUAGGACAUGGAGGGCUGAGGCCAUGGGAGGGAACCACCUUCUGAAAAUAUAAUUUAUGUUUAUAAUUAUUUUUACUGAAAUCCCUGAAAGGCAAAGUGGCUGUCUUGUUAGCAACAAAUUCCAUCAACUUCUAAGAAGUUACUCGAGUCUAUUAAUUUCAAAUGCAUCUACUUUUUUUUCAUGUCUUAGUUUAUGCAUCCCCAGGUUGGAAAAGUGAAGGACUCAGGAGGCAGCAGCGGGAACUCAGGUUGUUCAAGAGCUGUGCAGUGAGAGCCUCAGACAUUGCAAGCUGAACAGAGGGAAAAAGGAGAUCCUCAAGAAUGAUAAAUGAGUUGGUACCUUACAAAAGCUCAAAGAUGUUAGCAGYUUGAAAAAUUCUAGUGUUCACUUUGCUUUCUCUAAAUGCUGUUCAUUGAUUAAUAGUGCCAAGGGUUAGUAAUCCUUGGUAUCAUUGUUCUUCAUAAACAGAAAUAAAACAGCUGACUUUUAAAAUAAGUAUGAUUCGAGGUUCAUUAGCCAAAGGAAUCAAAAUAAUAUCUUCUAAAUUURACAAGAUCUUUUCUUAACAAUUCAUUGCAAAUCUGUUUGCAUGUCUUCAAUAGAAGUGUUUGUUAUGUAGAAUUGUAAGGAAUAAUGUUGAGAAAUGGAUGAGAAAWCAUUUUAUCUCCUUAGCAUGUGUAAGUUUUUCUCUAAAGGAAAAUUCUUGCCAUUAAUACACUUUUGCUGCUGUACUUAGCAAUGGAGCAAAGAUUAGUGAGUGAAAUAUUUCAAGGAUUUAGGACCAUACUUAUAGCUGUGUGGCUUUAUUAAAGUGCCAUUACCUGUUUGUAGCAGAUGCUGAACUGUGUGGAUAAAGUUAUACUCAGGCAAAACACAACAUAAUGCUCAACCACUGCAGAUCCCUGCUGUUUUCCCUAGGUCUGUGCCUCCUCCUCCUCCUUGUGCGAGCUGGGUGCUGGCAUGAGAGGGUUGGUGGCAUUGCCCCCUUCCUCAGUUCCCCCUUGCAUGUUCUGCUCUGCUCUGAUCAUGCUGGACCUCGCAUGGGCUGUGGGACCUGGGGGUGUGUGUGUGUGRCUUCACUGCAGCUGGGGUUUAGCUUUGUGGGACCCAUCUGCAGCCUCUGGGAUCCCAAAGAAGGCUGCUCCUGGUUUGUUGGGUUGUCUUGAGUCAGCUCUGAACCCUCUCAAGCAAAGCAGAAUCUGCUCCACAUGAUAUGCAUGUGCCAGGGAGGGCAAGGCUUGAGAUGGCAGCACCUGGCACGGCAGAGCAGGAGUGGCUGUGCUGUGGGAUAGUUGRGAUGUGGGAAUCCAUGACAGUCCCCCAAAGCAGAAGCUGAGGUCCCACAGAAAGAGGUAAUAUCAUUCUGACUAUUGGGUUCCAGUUGUUCUGAAGCAUGGUGUCUUGACAGCAUGGUGCUCUUGCAUAAUGUGUGUUCAAGGGUGUUACAGAAAAUAAACCUGAAAAUAAAACAGAAAGGAACUAGUGCAUAUUUGGGGUCAGUCCUGUUUUCUCUGUACUACUAUUACUUUGUAAUGUAGAGGAUUUUCCACUUGCAAAUUCACUUCUGAGGAGCUCAAUUACUUUUCCUAAAGAAGUAUAUGAGGUAAUUACUUAAUUUCUUCUUUAAUUGGAUAAAAUACUUAAUUAUAAUACAAUUUUUUCCCUAGGUUUUUCUUGAACCUAAAGUAUUUCUUUCCUAAAGCGUUUCUUGAAUUUUAAGCAAGGAAAGAUCUUUCAGCAAGGUGYGAUUUUACAGAAACUAAAGGUUUUGUUAUUCAGGCUGAAAUUUCCCACUGUGUUUUUAAGUGGWAACAAGUGGUUUUAACCCAGAGGAAGGUGGAUUUGGUAGCAGAAUCUUGAGUUUUGGCCAGGCACAGAAGCCAAUGUAUAUAUGAAAACAGGUGAAAUAUUGCCAAGACUUGCUGUUACACUUCUUCUACCAAUGGAGCUUUUGAAUACAGCCAUUGAAGUGUGAAAUAACAACAGCUCAGCACACAAUACUAGCAAGUAUGGCACUGCUUUGUCACCUUUUAGAAAUGAUUUUAACAUYUUAGUGUAAAGCUAACAAUCCAACCAAGAACCUGAAAGGAGCUGUUAGUUUAGCUGACAGCUAAACUAUUUACUAUUUAGCACUAACUGACUGUAAACCAGAAGAAUUGCCUCAAAUAAAUUGAGCGAUUUAUGUGUUUAGGAGCCUCAUAAUAAACAAAUUAAAUUGAAACUGAGGGCUACAUUAUUGAAAGAUGUUUGUUUAGGUACACUGGUUCAGUAUGAAAAAAAUAUUAUCCAUUU